AUGUAUCCCCAAAGAACUUCUCUUAGCACAACAACUACUAAUAAUUCAUUAACUCAACCACGUACAAAUUCGCCUUUAACAGCACGACAUACACUUCCAUCAUCAGCUCAUUUUUAUGUAUUAUGUUCAGAUGCUAUCCAACCGUAUGCAUCAGAUUGUGACCUUUUCGAAUCGAAUUCCUAUCAUCGAAAUGUUUCUUCAAGAAUUACAACUUAUGAUCAUGAUUAUAUUCCUUCGUCAUCACCAUCAAUUAAGCGAAAACAUGCUGAAGCUCCACUUGAUCAUGGAAAGCAAACGAAUGAUAUUACAAAUUGUUUGAAAACUGUUAUGAAACAACAAGAAUUACUUGUUGAUGGUUUUCAAGGACUUUGUAAAAGUAAUGAAAAAAUUCAAAAAAUGAUGAUUUCAUUACUUCAUGCAAAUAAACCUGAUCAAGUAUCGGCUAACAAACCAGUUGAAUUAUCAAUCUACAAAUAUAAGGAAAAAAAUCUCUUCGAUUCAAUAUCUCCUAAUUUAUCAAUAACUGCCAUUCAUUGUAAGUUAAUUCGUAAGCUGUAUUCAGAAGAAGAAAUAAUUAAUGGUGAAGCAUUAAAAGUAGAAGAUGAACGAUUUGAAAUUGUAAAAGGAGCCAUGAUUGCUGCUUUUUUUGAAAACGAACCAGAAAAAUUUAAUCGGUUUUGGAAACGUGUUGGUGCCAAACAUGUCGGUGGACAAAAACGGGCUGCCCGUAGUCGAAGUAAAAAAGCUCGACGAAAUGAAGAUGAAACUGAUCAAAGAACUGCUUCUGUCAUGGCUGAAAUAAACAGUGAAUUAAACAGUAAAAAUCACUUCGAUGAUGAAUACGAUGAUUAUUAUUGA